AUGGCUAACGACCACCCUCAAGAUCAAGCGUACUACAAGUCCGGCUUCAAGCUGUCGGUUCUGGACACCCACAACUGGCGCAAGGUCGCCAAUGCGGUGCCGUUUGUGCUCCCGUACCUCAAGAAGGACCAGUCGCUCCUCGACGUCGGCUGCGGCCCCGGGCUGAUUCUGAUUGACUUUGCCAACUACGUGAACAAAGUCACGGGGAUCGAGCCGACUCAGGAAUUGAUUGAUGUUGCCAACAAAAACUUGGAGGCCACCAACGACGACGACGUCAAGUCGCGGGUGAGGUUCCAAUUGGGACUGGCUUAUGAGAUCCCGUUCCCCGAUGACACUUUUGACGUGGUGUUUGCCCUGCAGGUGGUCAUCCACUUGCUCGACCCUGUCAAGGGUCUUGCGGAGAUGGCCCGGGUGUGUAAACCCGGUGGCUACGUCCUUGUCAUUGAUGCUGAUAUGGAAACGACGGUGGUGUACCCGGAACAGUACCGGCCCGACAUCAUGGCCUACUUUGACUUCAAGAACACCAACCUGACAUCACAGACUCAGGCGGGGCGGGCAUUGAAGCUGCACGGCAUCAAAGCCGGCUAUAAACAAGCCAACCUUGAUGUGACGGCACUGACAUGGUGCAUCUCCGACGCCGACAAGCGUCGCCACUGGGCUGAUAUGUACAUUGCACGGAUCAAGACCAGUGGCGAAGUCGAUUAUGAGGGAGAAAAGGCUAGAUGGGAUAAGACGAUUAGAGCUUGGGACAGCUGGGCCCAAGACCCUAACUCAGUAUUCAUCAUCAUCCACGGCCAGAUCGUCUACCACAAACCUUAA